AUGACAGUGACAAGAAACAUAGUGAUAGGUGUACUAAGCUUACAAGGAGCAUUUCUUGAACAUUCAAUUUACUUAAAAAAAGCAAUUGCUAAUAAUGAAAAUAAAUAUUUAAAUUAUUCAUUUGAAGUAAUCGAGGUAAGAACCAAAGAUCAAUUAGAAAAAUGUGAUUCAUUAGUAAUACCUGGUGGAGAAAGUUCAGCAAUGUCAUAUAUAGCAGAAAGAACGGAAUUAUUACCAUCGUUAUACAAAUUUGUAGCUGAUGAAUCAAAAUCUAUUUGGGGAACUUGUGCUGGGUUAAUCUUUUUAUCUAAAGAAAUUAUAAAUGGAUUAGAAAAUCAAAGAUGUUUAGGAGGUUUGGAUAUUCAAGUUAAUAGAAAUGCGUUUGGAAGACAAAUUGAUUCAUUUGAAAAGAAAUUGGAUUUUAGUGAAUUUAUACCAGAUUGUAAAGAUUUCCCAACGGUCUUUAUAAGGGCACCAGUUGUUACAAAAAUAUUGAAUGAAACAACAGAUGACAAACAAUUAAUUAAAUCCGAAAACAAUUACCAGAAUCCAGCUCCAGUUGAAGUCUUGUAUAAACUUCAUAAUUAUCAUGGAGACAAUGAACUAAUAGUAGCUGUCAGACAAGGUAGAAUACUAGGUACAUCAUUCCAUCCAGAAUUAUCUGAUGAUUAUAGGUUUCAUCAAUGGUUUAUAGAUGAAUUUGUAUUAAAAACUUGUAAAUAA